AGCCCAUUGCAAUAUUUUCUAAGCAACUACGCAAAAGUAUCCUUAUCACUUUGUGAGGGUAUUAGUCGUCUCGAAGGAAUUAGAUUGUGCAGUCUUGAAUCACCAUAUCAGACGAGGUAGUCCUUGGAUGCAAUGAUACUAUAAGUCGGAUAUGAGAGAUACACAUGAUUCUAUUGGGGUCUUGACUAAAGUGAACUCUCUUACAAAAUCAGCAUGACGUUAAGAUCAAAGAAACGGUGGAAUUGCAUAGUGCCACUCCGUUUGACCGAAAAAUCAGCCCGCCAUUUCUGUUUAUUUUCAAAAGUGAAGUCAGAUAAUGAUGAUGCGAAAAGUACCCCAGUUUAUCUCAAUGUGUAUGACUUGACACCUGUGAAUGGUUACGUUUAUUGGGCUGGCCUAGGUAUAUUUCACUCCGGUGUAGAAGUUCAUGGUGUAGAAUAUGCAUUUGGAGCUCAUGACUACCCAUCAAGUGGUGUAUUUGAAGUUGAACCUCGUCAAUGCCCCGGAUUUAAGUUCCGGAAGUCCAUAUUCAUUGGUACUACAACGUUGGAUGCUACUCAGGUUAGGGAGUUCAUGGAACGUCAAGCAUCAAAUUACAACGGCGAUACAUAUCACCUGAUUGUAAAGAACUGCAACCACUUCUGCAAGGACAUAUGCUACAAGUUGACUGGAAAAAGAACUCCAAAAUGGGUUAAUCGACUCGCCAAAUUAGGUUCCAUGUUCAACUGUGUGCUACCAGAAACACUUAAGAUUACUGGCGUGCAACAUGAUCCCAAAUACCAGCCGUCCGACGAUAGCGAGAAAAGGAGACUGAGAAGUAGUUUCAGUUGUCUGUCCUCAAUCUCAUCGAGGCAGAAGCAGCUAUCAACUUCUUCGAUGUUGCUACAGUCCCCCUUGAAAGGGUGCCUGCCGUGGGAGUUAAAAAGGUCUACUAAUGGUUCAUUCAAAGAAAGGUAAGCAAAGAUGAUUUUCGACCGUCAACUCGCCUCAAAACGUCAGCACGGCAAGCUCAUGUUCUGCUUUCUGUAUAAUGGUCAAGCUAAUCGUGCGUUUGGAGACAAUUCUUUCUGCCCUUUUGUUUGUGUUUUGGUAUGGUAAUAUCCACUGAUGUAAAUCGACUAACGUCCCCCUGAAAGAAUCGGCAUGCUUCUGCUGUUGGUUAAUGGUUUUGGCGAAGCAAUACAUAAUAUUUGGUCUUGAAAACUCUACCAUGUAGUCUAGUUUACAGUAUGAACCGUUUAGGAGCUAUUUGCGUAAAUAAUAUAUAAAGAAUUAUCCUAGUUGAUGCAAAGCAUCUCAUGGAGAUAAAUGUUCUCAUGUACAGAAACAGUUUCUUUUCCACUCCCUAUCUGCAUUGCCUAUGGCUUUUGCAGAAAGUAAAUGUUUAGGCAUUGGUGUUGAGGCAACAUGGUACAAAGUUGUGUUUUCCACUGGUUCUUGAAUGUAAGCCGGCUGUUGAUAUUUUGGCAAGACUGCAAAAUGUGUUUAUCUGACUGAAUUUUCCCAUAUAUACAGUGUAUUUUCACUGCAAGUAAUUCUCCAUUAUCCCCCAUUUCCUGAGAAUAAAGCAGUUCGGGUAACAGCAAAAACAUGAGAGAAACAAAAAACUAUGCGUCCGUCCUGUAAUAUAUUUACUCAGACAUUAUGAGGGGAUGAGCAUAGAAGCGAAAUCACAAAUACCCAAUAGUUCAGGCUAUAGAUCCUUAAACCAUUUACGUGAAAACUGUGCUGAAGAACUCAAAAGUUUCUGAUUUCAUGCAAUUAACAGACGACGAAUUCUAUAUUUCUCCACUUUCUACUGCAAGCUGAGGACACAGCUUAGAUCAGUUCCACGCAUUACCAUACAAAUUUGAACAAGUGAGAGUCGCUAUAUCCAGAGAGGCAUUCUCUAAUCAUAUAGAUAACAACAAUGAUUCCCCAGCACCAUGUAUCUAUCUGCACGUUUCAUUUUA